AUGGCUUUUUUAAUGAAAAGUAUGAUAAGUAACCAGGUAAAGAAUUUAGGAUUUGGUGGUGGGUCUGAAGAAAAAAGUGACGAAGGAGGCACAUCCGACCCUGCAGCAGCCCAAGGGAUGACUAGAGAGGAGUAUGAGGAGUAUCAAAAGCAAGUGAUUGAGGAGAAGAUGGAAAGAGAUGCCGCGUUUGCACAGAAAAAGGCAGAGAGGGCGUGCCUCCGAGUUCAUCUCAGAGAGAAGUACAGACUCCCAAAGAGUGAAAUGGAUGAGAAUCAAAUCCAGAUGGCUGGUGAUGACGUGGAUUUGCCCGAAGAUCUCCGGAAAAUGGUAAAUGAAGAUCAAGAAGAAGAAGAGGAUAAGGAUUCCAUUCUUGGCCAGUUACAGAAUCUCCAGAAUAUGGACUUGGAUACCAUAAAAGAAAAAGCCCAGGCCACCUUCACUGAAAUUAAGCAGUCGGCGGAGCAGAAGUGUUCUGUGAUGUGA